CGUCAAAAAGCGACCCAAACGCUUUCAUAUUCAUAGACGCAAUAAACGUUGGACUUUUGGAGCGACGGUGUCUGGCCUGUAGUGUGUGCAGGCAGCAGGCCACAGGCGGGAUAACCCCUCUGUUUGGGUCUGAUGUCCUCUACAUACAGUAGCGCUCGCCAUCCGUCUUUUACCCCAGGCUGUAGUAACAGGGAGGGGUAGAAACGUGGAGGGCGGGCCCUGACUGCAUUCGCCUUGUUAUGUAUUCCCGUGAUCGCAUCGCCAUCUUGUUGCAAUCCCUCUUUUACGUGUGAGAAAUCAUUUAUCCAAGGAAUAUAUUUUUACUCAUUUUCUUUCCGGUGAGAGGAAGAAAGGAAUAAACAGAGUGCGCGUUCGUGUCUGCUGCGUUCCAGACAGUGCUCCCCGGCGGAUCUCGGCUGUGCCUUUUUUUCUUCUGUCCUGGGCGAUCGGGUAGCCUACGGUGAGGGGCGCACGAUGAGCAUCGACACUCUUCUGGAAGCGGCCAGAUAUCUGGAAUGGCAAGCCCAGCAACAACAGAUCACACAUGAGGAGGAGCGUUGCAGAGAGAAGGCGGAGCUUCACAGCCGGGAGGCAGAGUCCAGACGAGCAGAGGUUGUGACCUGUGCGGAACAGCCAAUCAGAUUCAACCAUGUCACCUGGGGGUCAUCACAGCAUUGGCCUGAGUCAUCACAACAUUGUCAGCACCAGCACCUCUCUCCCUCCUCUCACCCUCUUCCCCUCUCCCUCCCUCCUCCCCCCAUCUCCAUCGCUGUCAUCCCCAUGGUACCCGUUGUCACCGCUACGCCCUCUGUACCGCCCCUUCCCGUCAUCACGACGAUUGCUGCCGCGGCAACCUCACUCCACCUCGGAGGCGCCCAGGUGAUGAAGGGAGGCUCCUCCCCUACUCGGCAGCAGCCAAUCCAGCGCCAGCUGGCAGUCCAGGUGAAGGCGGAGCCUAACUCGAUGACGCCACAGACGGGUGGAAGCCCUAGCCAAUCCCAACCUCCAAUUCAGAUUCCGUACCCGACCUCCAUCAUCACCAAAGCCGCUUCCCAACAUGCACUACUUCCCCAGCAAGCCAUUCCCACGCAGCCACGCCCAAACGGAACCAUCAUGGAUGACCUGAGAGGGUUGGACGGGAAGAGACGACCUGGAGGAGCUGGAACCAGAGAGGUGCACAACAAACUGGAGAAGAACAGAAGAGCUCACUUGAAGGAUUGUUUUGAUACGCUGAAGAAGAACGUUCCAAACGUAGAUGAGAAGAAGACCUCCAACCUCAGUGUUCUACGCAGCGCCCUGAGAUACAUACAGACUCUGAAGCGAAAGGAGAAGGAGUAUGAACAUGAGAUGGAGCGUCUGGCGAGAGAGAAGAUCUCCACGCAGCAGAGACUGGCUGAGCUGAAGAACGAGCUAAGUCAGUGUAUGGACGUUAUGGAGAUAGACAAGGUCCUCAGACAGACCGUACAACCAGAGGACGACCAGGCUUCUACUUCUACUGCCUCAGAAGGGGAAGACAACUUUAACCAGGACAUUGAUGAAGACCUCUCCCCUCCUCCUCCACCCUUCUCCCUCCCCAUUAUACAGGCCAAAUCAUUCCUCACUCCUCACCUCUCCAUCACACACAAGACCCUUUCCUCUGGGGUUCUGACCAGCCCCUCCCUCUUGGCCCCCCCUCCUCACCCCCAAACUAUCGCCCCCGCCCCGCCACCUCACCCCCAUCCGACCGUCCAAGUCUCGCCCAAAGUCAUCGCCCACCCCUCCGUCAUCCAGGCUGUCAAUCACGUCCUCCCGGCUAAUCACAAACACCUUACGCACAUCGCUCCCUCCCCCAGUCCUGCCUCCUCCAUCUCGCAGCCAAUCACAGCAGCCGCCGCCGCUGCCCACCAGACAAUCACGGCCCAGCCCAUCGGACACAUCACCGUCCACCCUGUGGCCCACCUGGGGGGUCCCCUGCCCCCCCACAUGUACCCCCAGGGAUUGACGGUCUCCCAGCCCACGGUGUUGGGGCAUAUCACCCACACCUUCACCCACCACACCCUUCCCCACGUCCAGGCUAGCCAUGCUACCGCUAACGUGCCCCAGGUCAAUGGGGCGGCAGUGCCUGGCCAGUGUGGCUCGUCCCUGGGGAAGCCCACAACCAUGCUGGCCCACCACCAUCACCACCACCACCACCACCCACAGCUGGUGGGACAAACCACCGUCCUCAACCCGGUCACCAUGGUGACUGUACCACCAUUCCCUGUUAGCACACUCAAACUGGCCUGAGAGACAGGACAGGGAGGGGAGAGAGUGAGGGCACGACAGAAUGAGAGGGGGAGGGCGCGACAGAGAGAG